AUUUUUCUGCUACUCGGUUGGCUAGGGAACCACCAUGGAGCAAGGGGGCACGCCCACCGUCGCCGGUGGUGGCUCGGGCAGCGGAUCUGUCGGAGUCCAGAUUCAGCACAGCCGACGGCUCCCUGAUUUCCUCCAGAGUGUCAAUCUCAAGUACGUUAAAUUGGGCUACCACUACCUCAUCUCCAAUCUUCUAACCCUAUGUUUCAUUCCGUUGAUCGCGGUAAUCUCCGUCGAGGUUUCUCAGAUGAAUCUCAAUGAUUUGCGCCUUCUGUGGCUGCACCUUCAGUACAAUCUAGUAAGCAUCAUCAUCUGCUCCGCCAUCUUGGUCUUCGGGUUAACGGUCUACAUCAUGACCCGACCCAAACCUGUUUACCUAGUCGAUUACGCCUGUUAUCGCCCUCCGGAUCACCUGAAAGCCCCCUUUGAUCGGUUCAUGGAGCAUUCUAGGAUCACUGGGGAUUUCGAUGAAUCGUCUCUGGAGUUCCAGCGCAAGAUUUUGGAGCGGUCAGGUUUAGGUGAUGAGACUUACGUUCCCAAGGCGAUGCAUAAUAUCCCUCCGACACCGUCUAUGGCGGUUGCCAGAGAGGAAGCACAGGAGGUAAUGUUUGGAGCAUUAGACAUUCUUUUUCGCAACACGAACAUAAAUCCUAAGGAUAUUGGUAUUCUUGUUGUGAAUUGUAGUUUGUUUAAUCCUACGCCUUCAUUGUCAGCUAUGAUUGUGAAUAAGUAUAAGCUUAGGGGGAAUAUUAGGAGCUUUAAUUUGGGGGGAAUGGGAUGUAGUGCUGGUGUUAUUGCGGUUGAUCUUGCCAAGGAUUUAUUGCAAGUUCAUAGGAAUACUUAUGCAGUUGUUGUCAGCACUGAGAACAUUACCCAGAAUUGGUAUUUUGGGAAUAAGAAGUCUAUGUUGAUCCCAAAUUGCCUGUUUCGUGUUGGGGGUUCUGCACUAUUGCUUUCAAACAAAUCCAAGGACAGGAGGAGGGCUAAGUAUAAGCUUGUUCAUGUGGUGAGGACUCAUCGUGGUGCAGAUGACAAGGCAUUUAGGUGUGUCUAUCAGGAGCAGGAUGAUGCAGGGAAAACUGGUGUUUCACUGUCAAAAGAUUUGAUGGCAAUUGCUGGAGGAGCUCUAAAGACCAAUAUCACUACAUUGGGCCCUCUAGUACUCCCAAUUAGUGAGCAGCUCCUAUUCUUUGUGACUUUGCUAGUGAAAAAACUGUUCAACUCAAAGGUCAAGCCUUAUAUUCCAGAUUUCAAGCUGGCAUUUGAUCAUUUCUGCAUCCAUGCUGGUGGAAGGGCUGUCAUUGAUGAGCUGGAGAAGAAUUUGCAGCUGCUACCAGUACAUGUGGAGGCUUCUCGGAUGACUCUGCAUCGCUUUGGGAAUACUUCUUCAAGUUCCAUUUGGUAUGAGUUGGCCUACAUUGAGGCUAAGGGAAGGAUGCGGAAAGGUCACCGCGUCUGGCAGAUUGCAUUUGGGAGUGGUUUCAAAUGCAACAGUGCAGUUUGGCAAGCUUUACGGAAUGUGAGGUCAUCUUGUAAUGGUCCCUGGGAAGAUUGCAUUGACAAGUAUCCGGUUAGGUUAAGCGCCUAAUUUAGCAGCAUUUCAAUUAUUUUCGAUUUCAGGGCAUUUCAAUUUCAAUUGGAAGCUAUUCCAUUGGAUAUUGCAUCUUGAUCUGUACUUCACUCGGUCCUCACUCUGAACAGUGAACACGCUUGUCAGGUUUGGUUGAUUUUGUUUAUCAUCCUUGUUGCAUUUGAAUGUCAUCUGUAAGACUGCUCAUCCUGUACCAUAUUUCUUACCAACAUUUUUCUUCUGUUUAUGACUUUGUAAAACUCCGAGUUUCCUCCUCUCUCUUUUUGUUAUUUUCCUUCUAGAAGUUCUCUUCUUUUAUCCCUAGUUUCUUGAAGAUUUACUGAAAUAAUUAGGAAAUUCAUAA